CCGGGCACCGGGCGUCUGCCGCCCCGGUGUGCUCUGCAUCCUAGAGGCCCGAGAGGGAGCCCUGCCCGGGAGUUCGGUCUGAGAAGCACCACAGAGGGCCCUUCCGCAUGAGAUCCUGAAAAGGACCCUGCAGCCCCAGACCCCCAAGAGUUCCCACACACAGAGGGGAAUCCCGCUGGGACCCCCGUGGAGGAAGAUUUCCUGGACUGAAAUCUCUCAGCGGGGAGUGAGACGCCCAAGAUUAAGGGAUUCACGGAGCGGUCCCCUCACUGAGACCCCUCGGCAGGAUCCUCCCCUUUCCGGCCAGUGCUGGGGUGGGGGUGGGGCGAGGGCUCUCCGUGUCCCUCCCAGGACCUUUCCCACCCCUCUUCCUCCUGGGCCCUGCCUGCUGGUGCCCAGCAGGGAGGGGGGAGGCAACUGAGGCUGGACAAGAAGACACAGGGCAGCCUGUUCUGGCCCAGGAGACAGAGGGCGCCUCUGUCCGCUCUUGGCCCCUUGCCCCACUGGGUGUCUGUCUGUGAAGGGGUGGAGCCAGUGGGGGGGGUCAGCGGGGGAAGGACUGAAGACAGGUCUCCCCACACAGCUCCCUUAGCCACAUUUGCAGACUCGUCUGUCUGUCCAGAACCUGCUCCCACCUCAGGUCCAGGCUGACAGUGAGCUGCGCGAUGGGCUCUGAGCUGGAGACAGCGAUGGAGACUCUCAUCAAUGUGUUCCAUGCCCACUCGGGCAAGGAGGGAGACAAGUACAAGCUGAGCAAGAAGGAGCUAAAAGAACUGCUGCAGACUGAGCUCUCCCGCUUCCUGGACGCCCAGAAGGAUGCAGAUGCUGUGGACAAGGUGAUGAAAGAGCUAGACGAGAAUGGAGAUGGGGAGGUAGACUUCCAGGAGUAUGUGGUGCUGGUGGCUGCCCUCACAGUAGCCUGCAACAACUUUUUCUGGGAGAACAGCUGAGCAGACAGCCCCGGUGGGCAGCGCCCUUCCCCCUCACCCCACUUUUCCCUCCCUACACUCCUACCCUUGCCCACCCUCCACCAAGGGCGCAAGAGUAGUGGGCCAAGCCUGCAACUCAUCUUUCAUUAAAGGCUCUUCUCUGGCCA